AUGGAUAUUCACAGAAGUCUUAUGGUCACACUUUUGUUCUGGAGCCAAUGUGAUGUUCUUACUGGAUUCUCUGUCACAGCUCUAUUUACAGUUCAGGCUACGAAAACACAUUACACAGCAGAGUACGGGACCAACAUCAGAAUGGGAUGCAAUUUUCAUGUGGGUGAUGGAGUGAAAGUGGAAGAUCUAACUGUGUACUGGGAACAUAGCAGAGAAAAGGGAGGCACAUAUGAAGUGGUCAAGCUUCUUCAAGGCAUGGACAUACUCUCAUCGCAGCACAAAGACUUCAAGGGACGGGUUAAGAUUUUAAAGGAUGAGCUGCCCAAGGGACAUGCCGUUAUCCAGAUCAACAAUGUUACGCUAAGAGAUGCUGGGCAGUAUGUCUGCAUGGUAUCUUACCAAGGAUCGGACUACAAAAGUUUGAAUCUGGAAGUGCAAGCUCCCUACAAGAAAAUCAAUGUAAAGGUUGCUGACAUUGUCACUGCAACAGGACAGAGAAUGAAAGAAAUAGCUUGUCAGUCAGUAGGGUAUCCGGAAGCGGAGGUCACCUGGCUAAACGCAAGGGACAAUCUAAGUAUGGUGGUGAACACCAGCUCUGUCAAGACUGCUGAAGAAAUGUUCAACGUCACAAGUAUAAUCAGGAUUUCCUCUGUAGCUAAUAGAACACUCACCUGCAGCUUCUGGAAUAAGGAUAUUAUAAACACUACAUCUUUGACUUUCACCAUCCCAGAUGACACUGUGGAAAUAAGAAGCUAUAGGUGGAUGAUAAUCACUGCUUCGUGCAUAUUAAUACUAGCCACCACGUGUGGUGUUCUUAAAGUCUGGCACAGAUAUCACAUUGCGAGAAAAACAACAAAAGCUCAACAACUUCACAGUAAUCAAUGGCCCUAUUCCACAAACACAACCUCUAAACUCCUGUAUUCUACAUCUGCAGAAACAUCUGAAGUUGCAGAAUUAUAGAAGCCAAUUUAAUAGGACCCAACGUAUCUUAUGGUGUAGCAUUUACCGAUUUAUACAGGACUUUUAAACACCUGAACUUAAAUUCCAAGCAUAAACUAUGCUCUAUCAAGUUUUGGUUCUCUUCAUACAGAUUAUUUAUAUGGAAGAGGUUCAACUGAAAUUCUUCAAUGCUUUACAAAAACGAAUACAACACUCCAGUCUCCAGUUAAUUUAUUCUGUUGGGGCGUUGAAAGAAUUGGGAUGUGUGGCAAUAUAUAGCACUUUAAAUGUGUGGAAUUUCAUAAAUAUAAUAUUCUGGCAGGUACAGAAUAAAAACAGAUUUUUUUAAACAUUUUUAUCAGCUUAUGCCAAUGUAAUAAUGUUCAAAAUACAUCAUACAUUUCCUUGUAAUAUCGUUUGAAAGUUAUUAGCACAUUAGAUAUAUUGGUCAAUGAAAACCUUGUUCCAGUUAUGUGACAUUACUCAGUUAAAUCCUGUUUGCUCUUGUGCCAGGCAUUUCCCCGGCAAAUUGAAUUUCCUU